UUCACAGGUGACACUGGCAGCACCAAGGAGGAACACACAGAGAGGCAAAAUUCAGCACCUUGUAGACCAACAACUCAACCAGUCUCUUCUCCCAACUCUAUUCCUGGCUCUCCCGCUUCAGAGAAGCUCGCAACGUCCGUCUCUUCUCAUCAUGAGUGUUCCUUGAGUGAGGACCACGAGGAUGCAGACAGCCACAGCAACAGCAGCGGGAGCGGUUGCGAGACCGUGGCCACAGAUGACACGAGGCGACUCAAGCGCCGCCGCUCAGACCACGGCUGCGCGAAACCGAGACGCGCGCGUACCGCCUUCACGUACGAGCAACUGGUGGCUCUGGAGAACAAGUUUCGGGCCACACGCUAUCUGUCCGUCUGUGAGAGGUUAAAUCUCGCACUGUCUCUCAGCCUAACAGAAACCCAAGUGAAAAUCUGGUUUCAGAACCGCAGGACGAAGUGGAAAAAGCAGAAUCCUGGAGCGGACAGCACAAUGCCAACCGGCCCAAGCGCCCUAUCCAGCGUCAAUUCGAGUUCUUGCUCAAGUGUAAGCACUUACCAAACUUUCCCCUCGUUCAACACGGCCACUAUGACUUUACACUCGGGUGGUGUAGUUCCGCUUUCCGCCUCUGGAGGGCUUUUGCAUCCUUUCUUGCCCACUGGUUACAUGCAACCCUCGUUCUUCACCCAGCAUUUGUGAACAAUUCCCAUUUUAAAGAUUCAUGUUGAUGACUUCGCAUUGUGAAGAGCACUGAUGUGAAUGGCAAAUAUGAUCACUAACUGUGCGUAGUUUUAUGCAGCACAUGUCUCCUAACUGGGUUAAAUGAAAAUGAACAGAUCAUGUCACAGUCGUAGUCCAGAUGAUCUAUCGUAGGAUCAUCGUAGAAAUGUAUAAAACAAGCCAUUCUAUUGUAACACUUUAACAUUGCCAUGGACAUUUCUAAAAACUGAUAGCCGAUAGGGCAAAAUGAUGUUAAAAAGAACAUCAGUCAUGCAAUGUGUUAAUACUAUACAAAGUUUCACUACUUAAUUGUAAAUAAUGUCAAAAUCGAAACACUGUUUAUAAGAUAUUGACACGGAAAUUUGUGUUAUUUUAUUUAAAGUGAUAAUGUAAUUGAGAUAUGAAAGAAAAUGACAUGAAAUUCCUCAUGAUGAAUAAAAAAGACAGGAAAGAAUGACAACUGUUUAACUAGCCUAAAUGUCCCCGUGCUAUACUGUGCUAUGCGUAUGUGAAAUGUGAAUAUCAUUUGUGCGCUUAAAAAAACAUAGUUUUUAUUGCCCAUCUCUGCCUUCCUGUUCUCCACUCCUCUCCAAUAUGAUUCUAAACGGCCACCUACUGACAAUGCAACUCACACUAACGAUGCUCUUAUUUUUGUAUUUAUUUUCUAUUUUACAAUACAUUGCAAUACAUUCUAUUUUAAUGAGAGUAUUGCCAAGUACACCUUAAUGCUAAAAGUAUAGGCUAUUUUUGUUUAAUCCAAAACGGGAAAAGAGGACAGAAAAAUUAAUUAUUUUUAAUUUGGCAUAAUGCAGGUUAUGAGUGAUCCUGGCAACGUGUAAGGCAAAUUGUACCUUGUAGAGUCACCUGAGAAGCUUGA